UCCGAGCUCCGCGGCUUCGUCGUCUACCGCUGGUAAUCCGGCCGCUCAUCAGGUCGCCGUUCACGGAAACAAUGCUCACACGCACAUUCCUUCGCCCCAUAAUCUUCCGCAGCACAUUCCGUCACCCCAAAAUCCCCCUCGAGUCAAUCCCUCGCCCCUUCAGCACCACGUUGUUGGCGCCGGUAACGCCGCCGGUUCUACCGGCUAUUGUUCCAGGGUGUCUCCCCACAUGCCACCCCCGAACUCGGCCUACCACUCGCCCUCACCUCAUGAGGCAACUUCCUACCACUCCCCCUCGCCCCACCCUACUAAUAACUCCAAUACCUUUCAACCUCGGUCACCGACCUACCCCCCGCCUCCCCAAAUACCCGCACAACAGUCUACUCCGCACUCGUACUCGUCUUCGAACUCCCAGCACUAUCAGCAGCCGAGUUCUUAUCCGUCGACAGCUUCCGGAUACGCUCAGCCACAGUCGUCCGGCUACCAUUCCCAGCUCCAGCCGAAGAACUCAACUUCCGGUUACUACUCGCAGAGCAAUCGGUCUCAAGGCUACGCGGUUCCUCCGGCUUCCGCACCUUCGACGGCUAACCCCGGCGGCCAGGGUUACGGUGCUCAUGGCAAGUCCAUCGCUUACAACGGAGUCCAAGAUCCAGGAAGAAGGAAUUGCCCGGAGGUUGCACCGCCGUACAGGGUUCAGUCCUACCAGACACCAACCUCGGGUCAAAGGACCUCGAACACUCACAAUCUCCCACCCAUCGCCACGCUGUCUUAUCAAUACGACAGAAACUCACGCGAAGCCUUGUCGAAGGCCCAACCGAUGCACAGGCAGCAACAGCGGCCCCAGUCUUCGACUACGAAGAAUUCCUCAACGACCGGUUUAACGCCGAAUCCGGCGAGGCUGUCCGACUAUCCGGUCGCCGUGAACAACCAGCAUGUAAACGGGAACAUCGUCACCUCGGCAAGCUCCAUGUACAGCAGGGUCGGUGGACAGCCCGGGGUCUAUCCGAGGUACGCCACAACCAUGGCGCCCAGUCAUCACGGCAGUAACGCGACCAGCACUACCGUGACGUCGAACGGUGCGCCAACUUCCAACAGAUCGACCGUCCCGACGCCGGUGUCGUCGACCAUCGUCCAUCCUGGGUAUCCAACCCGGGCUGGGGGCCGGUCUUACCCUUCGACGCCGCACGUUCCUCAGGAAAAUUACUCUUACAAGGAUUAUCCAAGCGCGUCGACAGCCUACCCAACGUCCACAGUCGUCAGCCAGUCCGUCCCUCCCCCAUCGAGUUCCAGCUCGCUUCAGACCAACGGGACGACGACGACGAACAGAAAACGGGAGUCGCCGCUCGAUCUCUCGCUCAGAACGAUCAAGACCCCCGCGGACUCCACGGCCCAGGAUGACCCGGAGGCCUCCAGCAGCGGGGACAAAAUCGUCAGCAGCUCUAACGCCGUUUCGUCGAGAAGCACCGGGAGGACUGUACUCGUGCCUCCGAGUGCGGCAUAUCCGGUAUACGACGGUCGGAGCUUCGGACAUUCCCGAAGCCCUGCAUCCGGGGUCAGGGCUUCCACCCCUAUGCAGACGGUCCGCGCGCCGAAAGUCGAUUUCUUACCGAACUUCAGCUCGACGCCCCUCCACCACCCGGCUCACGAGAGUAACUCGCUUCGCAGGAGCAGCUCGCAGCACAUAUACGCGCCAUCGCCACGAGUUAACCCAGCGUCGGUUGCCCCUUUGCCUAAUAUAGCCACCUUCAAGAAAGCUCCCGCUGCCCCGUCCUCGUUGCCGUAUGAAAAAAACUCACCCUAUCGUGUCGGGAACGCGGUGCGCGCCAGGUAUGCCCCGGUAAUGGAACCUGGCGGAAACGCGAUACGUCACCAGGAGUAUACGUCUGAUCCUGGCAAGUACCAGGUCGAAAGGAACAAGAUGGCUCAUGUUCAGUCGUCCGCUUACACCAGGGAGAGACAGCCGAUGACCAAGAGGACUGCGGCCGAUCCCACGCCCUAUACCGGGCUCAACAAACAACCGCGCGUUGAAAAGUGGCGACAGUCGAUAGACCAACAAAUAGAGCAAAGACUGACCAAUGCGCUUCAAGAACGCCAGCGUCAGGAGAUGAGCUUGAACGCACCCGUUUCCAAUGGCGUUAAUCCCGCCGUUGUACCCGUCGGCUACGAUCAGCGUCGGGAAAACAACAGUGCGUAUAAUUGCUGUGAUAAAAGGAAUUAUCCGGAAAGCACGGGCGCUGCCAGGGGCUCCUUUGCUCCAGCUUCGCCUGUUGUCUACGGAAGUCAGAGUGGAACCCCGAGGGUCGCCGGACACUCGCAUAUCCCUCAGCCAUCGGGGCAUCAGAAUUUGUAUUCCGCGGGAUACCGACACGGCCCGGGACAGCAUGCAAGCUACAGAGUACCUGCGUCACAUGCUCCCCAUUCCGGACAGAACGCGGAACCACCCAGCAACACGGGGACCGAUAAGAAGAGGGUACUCAGCCUCCUCAGGAACAGUUUGGAAAAUAAACAACAGCGGGAGGAGCAGCUCAGCAACAGCCAGCAACCAAUACUCGCCAAUUACAAUCAGCCAAGCUUUCAAAAUAAGGUCGUCACACCAGUCGAGCCCAAAACCAACAUUGGAAGACAUAAUCUCUCCCCCUUCACCGCUGCUAGUCUUCUUGAAAGGAACAGCACCACUCCACCUCACUACAAAUUUCACGUGCCAAGGGCGGUCGACUCGAUUAUCCAGGAACCCUCUCAUAGUCUGUACGGCACCAGGGUUAACUCGUCCGCCACUAUACCUGGGAAAGAGGCCAACUCGAUGCCGAGAGGUAUCGAAAACCAGAUUCAUCGUGACAAGGACGAUGGAUUAGCGGCUAUAUUGGCAGCCCGAAUACGAACUAAAGCUGAAUUGAAACAGGUAUCGGCCGGCCAGUUUGGCGCUAAACCGACGGUAGCGUCAUCCCAGGAGAUCUCGGCAACACCGAAAGACAUUGAAAAUGGAGCUUCCACAUCAACGCCCCAGUCUGGUUCUUCUGGGGGAAGUCCACCGAAGCUCAUUCGCGAACAGGCGGCUAGUCUUCCACCCCGAAGGCGUUUGUUCUCAAGGACCGACGAGGAUUUACCUGUUGCGGCAACUAUUCCAGCCCCAGCGCCAACCCCGGUCAAAGCUUCGGUCGUACCGCAGAGAGCUAGUGGAUUCCGGAGCUCAUCGGAGACCUCGGUGUUUGACUUCAGGGAGAGCGACUCCGAGGGUGAAAUGCCGGUUUUGGAGAGACAGACGUUGGAGGAAAUGCGAAGGGACAGAAGGCAACUGUCCAAGGUCCAGCCUCCCGUACCGCUCAACAACGCAAUGUACAUGAGAAUGGCUUCAUCGUCUGAUUUAGUGAAGAUAGAACUCAAGGAAAAUGACAAAAUCAUCGAACCAGAUUCAUUCUGGUCGACAACCUGUGAUAAGUUUAUGGAACAGCUACGAAGUGGCGAGGUUACAACUAAAAAACGUGGCAGACGGAAGAAGGGAGAGUCCGGUUCCGUUUCCGCAACAAAGGUAGAAACUGAUUCUGCGGUAAAUUCGGACGCGGAGUCAGCGCCUAGGCUGGAAAUGAAACCUGAAGACAUUAAGCAAGAGGUACCAGAUGUGCCAAGCGAAACUGUGAAGAUUAAAGAGGAGGUGGUCGAGGUGAAAACCGAGCACGACUGCCUAGAAAAUUUGGAAAUCAAGACUGAACUCGACGAAUCGGAUAUUAAAACGGAGAAGGUUGAAAAAAUCGUGGAGAGAGAUUCGGACGAGUUGCCACUAAUUCAAAGAGCGACGCGAAAGAAUUCUACGAAGAUCGAGAGUGAUGGGGAAGAAGAGAUUGUCGGAAGGAAGAAGAGAUCUCGUCGUGGUAGUAGGAUAAAACUUAUCUCAUCCAGCGGCAGCGAAAGCUCGAGUGAAGAGAGUGAAGUAAGUGCUGAAUUCGGCCAUGGUUCUUCGGUAGCUGAUAGAUUAAGGGCCAGAAAACGCUCGAGUGCGACUGCGGAAACUGAAGGCAUGAAGUUGCGCUCGCGAGAUACGACACCGCACAAGGCGCCAAAGGAUAAGGAGGGAAAGUCGUCACUGGCAAAGGGCAGUGUAUCGCAAAAAGGUAAACCAAAACCAUUGUUCGGUGAUGGUAGCGACUUCAGACCAGGUUGGGAGGAAGAGGUUUACGUUUAUAAAAAAUCACUAAGAAUGCCUACCAGGUUAAUAACCGUUUCGAAGCCGUCCAGGUUUCAUAGAUUGUCAACUUCACUUCCGGAUCUCGACCCGGGAUCACCGGCACUCUCUGUAUCGAUGGAAAGUACUGAUAACGAACGAAUAAGAAUAUCGGACAGUGACUUGGAGUCCAACUGUAGUUUCAGUCUUGCCGGGCUGGAAAGCAAAAUCGAUGACGAAGAAGCAACUUCCUCGACGACAAUGUCAUGCCCGACGAAAACAACCCGACAGACUCGAUCGGAAAAUAAUUCCAUCAUUGAUCUUCUCGCCCAGAAAGUUGGUACCAGUAAAAAAGAACAGAAACGAAAGGCCAAGGAAAAGUUGGUCAAAGGCCCUAAGGUUCUUCCAAAAGGCAGCAACGAGCCAGAGCUACUUGCCACACCGAGUUUGACGCCUCUUUUAUCGAACGACCUAGCAACGACACAAAAGACGAAAGGCAAGAGCCCUGUCAAAAGUACCAAGUCACCGAAACCAAUAAAAGUGAUGAACUCCUUUCUUUUGGGAUACUUUCGUAAAGAGACUGUUAAUAACUUUAGAGAUGCGUUUAAGAAUAAUCAUACUCUACCCAAUGAAUUUUCGACGUUUGUUUUGAAGAGCCGAACGAGAACAGAGACUCGGGUUUUGAAAAAACAGGCAACGAUUAGAGAAGUCUUUGGCGAGGAUAGACCGGCGUCUGCACCACCGAUGCAAAAUCACGGAGACACUUCGCAAGACGAUGACGAUUCUCAAACUGAAACGCAAGAAUCCAAGCCAGGAAAGUCACGAACGUUGAAGCAGAAAGUCGUGUCUCGUCUUAAAAGUGCUGGAAUAUUGAGGAGUAACAAAGCACUAAUGAAUUCCAAGCUACAUCUACUGAAUCCUAAGAAACGUAACAACCUAUUGAAAUCUUUGGCUAAAAAGAAGCUCCAGCAUAUAAAGAAGGAGAAAAUACAGAAAGAAGAUGAAACGAAACGAGAGUUGGACGAGACAAGUGAAGUACAGGAAACCGAGAACAACGGACCUGACGCGGAAGCGGAGAAUGCCGACGAAAUUGGGGUGCCGAGCAAAAAGAGGCUGAAAAUACGUACAGGGCGACGAAAAUUUCGCUCUGGAUUUGAUUACAUGCGGAAGAAAAAGAAACCAUUGAAAAAAGACGACGUUACACCCAAAGAUAGAAAACGACAAAUUGUGCCUCGUCCAAGUCCCGAAUCCGUUGCUGAUAUACAAACGGAAAUUAGAACAUGGGUCAUCAAGAAAGGCGUGGGUGAAACCAUCCUUCAUCGAGCUGCAAGGCUUGGAUAUACGGAUGUUGCAGCAUAUUGCUUGGAAAAGUUGAACAACCCGCCAAGCCCUAAGGAUAAUGCAGGAUAUACACCCCUCCAUGAAGCAUGUUCGAAAGGACAUCUAGAAAUUGCUAAACUUCUACUUGCCUAUGGGGCAAAUGUUAGCGAAAGCGCCAAUGGGGGGAUAAGGCCGCUACACGAAGCUGCAGAGAAUGGGGCAACUGAACUUGUCAGAUUGCUGCUUUCAUACGGUGCUGAUCCAUUGUUGGCUACCUAUGCUGGCCAGACUCCCUUAAUGCUGGCCUCAGACACAGACGCAUAUUUGAUCCUUGAACAACAUCUAGAUGACGUCCAAGGACGUCCUGCUGCUCCAUGGAGUUUCGGCGGUCCGUCAUCAAUUUUUGCAUCUGAUUGGCUUACAGAUCUUGAGCCGACAGGAUACAGUCCAUUAAGAGAACCUCCCAUGGAUAUUCCAGAGCCUGAACUUGAAGAUAUCGAAAUGGAAGUGAGCGACGUUAACUUACCAGUACUGUAUUCCCUUGCCAACGACCCCGACAAAUGGGUACUUCUUCAAGACUUGACAGCAGUGUUACGUGUGAAAAGUAGAGAUGCUCUGCUUCGCCAAGUUAAUCCAAAGGCUCCUGCCGGACCACCGGCGGUAGCUCACCGUGACGUCAUGCGGGAAUUAAAGCUUCCAGAUUUUCUAGAACAGUCCCGAUGUUGUCAUCUGUUGAGUGGUGGCGAGAGAAUAAACGUGCGCGCCUCCAAAGUAACGCUUAUUAAGUACAAUGAUAAAGUGAAAUCACUUCUCAACGUUGAACGAGUCGUGAUUAGCUCAAGGUGACAGGAGGUGCCACUGGGGCAGGACACCUGUCUCCAGGCUAGGCCGUCGACUUCAAUGGAAGAUGAACUUAUAUCAGUGAAAGUUGACGAAAAAAGAACUUUGCCCUGUCUUGGAUUCAAACGGGAAAGACAUAAAAGAAUCAAACGACAAACUAAACGAAACUUAUUAGGGUGAAUGAAUGUGGGACCUGAAAACUAUUGGUCGAUUAACGGUGCAACAAAUGUAAUAAUUUGGAUGUGUAUAAAGUGGCUUCGACCGAAAUAUUGAUAUUGGAGCAUUCUGGAUCUCACGAGCAUUAUAAAAUGGGCAAUUUAUAGGAAUAUACAUUGACAAACUGUUACAAUGAACAAUUAUAACGCAGCAUAUUAUCGUUAAUAGUGCAAUGCUGACGGAUAAUAUAUUAUGUGGGUAGCGAACGACGUCUAUUAUUAUAGUUUUCAUUUUUCAUACAAUUAGAAGUGAGGACAACAAAGCAGCAAACUGUGACAUUAUAUUAUUAGAGUAUUUAUUGGAGAUAUAUAUCCGUCGGAUGAUAUUUUAAUAAAAUGCCUGAUACGGCUGUUUGAAUGAAAAUUUUAAUCUAUUGCUUUUAGGAGGAAACUGACGUCUGGAAAAUAGAUAAUUUAGAAUAUAUUCAACAAGCGGUACCAGUUAUGAUUGCUGUUUCAUAUUCACGUAAAUUAUGUACGUACUAUGUAGAUCAGCGCAUAUUCUCAAUGACUAAAAAUCAUACGAAAUACAUAUUUCCUUGUUGAAAUACCUCGGGUAGGCUUCUAUAAGAAUUGAAUAAAGAAAGAAAGAAAAGGAGAGGUAUGGUUACUAUUUUAGUAGUGCAAAUACUGAUAAAAGAAAAAAUAAUAUAAUAAACAAAUGAUUGAAUAAGAUAAUUACGUUACCAAUUUUUAAUUUAACUUUAUUUACUGCACUUGCAAUGUUCGUCAAGUACACAUAUGUAUUUAUAAAAUUUGUUUACCGUUGAUGAAUUAAUUUUCAGAUGUACAUACAUAUAUUUGCCUAGAAGCUAAGGGGCAUUUAUAAAUUGGGAAGUGCAAUCGGAAAAGUGAUUCUUUUUGUGUUAAUACUCUUGGGUAGACUGAUAGCGCAAUUAUAAAAACGAAAUCGAAAUAGCCAAGCUAUUUCGUUGGAUGGCAAUACUAAAAUCACAAUGUAGAAAUGUUCUCUGUGCAAUAAGAUGACCAGCUAUAAUCUAUUUUGAACUAAUUCGAAUCAGAUAUUACGUUGGAUGAAUUUUUUUUCCUUCUACGUGGAAUGAAAUUUUUUAUUUCUAGCGUUCUGGAUGUAUAAAAUGAUGGUGUAUUUAUUGUAUAGACAAAAUGUAGUAUUUUGACUGCAGCAAUCCGUACGCUUGCAUUGAAAAUCAUUCAAAUAUAAUCGAUUGAUUCAAAACAAUUUACGUACUUAUCAUUCUACUGCGUGCUGCAUUUCAACCUCGCAGUUAUCGUUUAAUGUCAGUGGACUCGAAACAGUGCGACUCAAUGCUUCGUAUGCACUUAAAGACUUAGUUACUAAUAUUAAUAAAGAACAGCCACAGAAAUGGUUCUUCAGACGCAGUACACGCAUAUUUUAAUUGUAAUAAUCAGUCUCAGGGAAAAAUCUAUGUGUAUUAUCAAAUUAUACGCUGUAAUUUAGAAAGUAUGUAUAAUCAGAUGGACAUUAUGGGUCAUUAUGUGUGCAGAAUCGAUUCGUAUGUUAUUAGAUCAUUGUGUUGCUUUGUUAAUGGAUUAAUUUCCUGUCAUUUCACGCUGUAUCACCGUCUAUCUGAGUAUACGGUUUUUGAGUAUACGGUACGUUAGAUCUAAGAGCCACGACUAAUAACACUUGUAUGACAGUGUAUUUCAAUGUACAUAUUGAAUGUUUCAAAUAAAAUAUAAGUUAAAGUGUAUCUGAACACUAAUAUUGAUUUUCAGUAAAUUUCUUCUUAUGUGAAAUUAUAAUGUACGUAUUGUAUGUAUCUAUUAUAGCGAAAGUAAAGGUAAAUAUAAGGGUAGACGCAAUGUUUCUAACAUAAGUCUCUUGUUGUUAUUGUAAAGUGUAAUAGUGGUACGUAGAAUAAAUUAUGGUUGUAAGCAAGAUAUGCAGGGAAGCCUCUGUAUAUGUACAUACUUAGAAUUACUGUAAUCGCUUUUUUAUUGUAUCAUAUAUACAUAACGAACAAUGAUUAUUACUAU